AUGGCGGAGGCUGUUGUGGGAGUCCUGAUCGGCAAGCUAGGUGCGGCCUUGGCAAAAGAGGCAGCAAGCUAUGGUGCAUCCCUCGUGUGCAAGGAAGCUUCUGCCCUCAAGGGUGUCUUUGGCGAGAUCCGUAAAGCAGAGGUAGAGCUGGAGAGCAUGAAGGCCUACCUGCGUGACUCGGAGAAGUUCAAGGACACCGACGAGACUACUGGCAUCUUCGUCAACAAGAUCCGAGAACUAUCUUUCCGGAUAGAGGAUGUUGUUGAUGAGUUCAUGUACAAGCUUGAGGGGAACAAGCAUGGAGGAUUUGCAGCCAAGACAAAGAAGAGGAUCAAGCAUGUCAAGGUUUGGCGCCGCCUAGCUCUCGAGCUCAAUAAUAUCAUUGUUGAGCUUAGAGAAGCUGCAAAAAGGAGGGACCUAUAUGCUAGGCCAGGAAUGGAGAACUACGCUGGGAGUACCGACCAUCAUGCCAGAUCGACCCAUCAAACUUCGUGUUUUGCAAGGGAAGAUGAUCUAGUGGGUAUUGAAGGUAAUGCAACCAAGCUCAAGGGGUGGCUAGUUGAUGAUUUGGAAGAAAGGAAGACGAAAAUCACCACAGUUUGGGGGAUGGGUGGAGUUGGAAAAACUACUUUAGUUGAUCAUGUCUAUAAGAUUGUGAAAGUGGAGUUUGACGCUGCUGCAUGGGUAACUGUGUCCAAGAGUUACCAAGUCGAGGAUUUGGCAAAGAAGAUUGCUAGAGAGUUCAGCAUCUCAAUUGAUUCCAGCAAUAUGGAUAUGAGAAGAGUAGUUGAUGUCAUUCGUAACCAUCUUGAAGGAACUUUGAGGUUGCGUCAUUGGCAACUAGUAACUGCACAAUUGAGCUGGAACCAUUGGGAGAAAAUCAGUCUUGGAACUUAUUCUGCAAAGUAG